GAGCGAUGAUGAUAAGUGUUGAGUAAACAAUAAAUAAAAUUACUUUUAAUUAUUUACCUACUUACCUCUUAUUUUCAUCGCUCGGCUCGCAUCACUUACCUUACUAUUACCAUAAACUUUAUAGAUAACUGAAGAUGUACAGCUAGACUAUGCCGAGAUUACCUCAGUACCGCCGCUACCUCUAUGGACACUCCUUGUCGCAGACAAAGAGUCUCCACAUCAUCCGUCCACUAUACAAGAAGCUAAGGAUUACAACGUAUUAUUCGAGGGGACUAUGCUCGACACAGACGAGGAUUUGGACGCGUUGUUACUAGGCGACGACGAAGGUGUCGACCGCAGGCCUUCGAUGCCUGAACGACAGCCUCUGUCGCACUUCGGUCCUAGGCAAGGUCGCAUCCUGUCACGUCUACUCACACACACUCACCUUCCCGGACUGAGUUCGCUAGACCAGAUGCAUUUGUUAGCGCUGGCGGACACUGUGUCGACGUGUGACGCAGACUUCGCCGAACGAUUCGCAGCGAACGCGCGUGUUGAUAUCUCGCAAGGAACUGGUCAAGAAAUAGUACCUGACUCCCUGGAUGACUGUGGUCUCCGAUUCUUACUGGCCAUGAAACACUACGGCUACCUACUGCGUUGCUUGCCGCUAGCGCAGCGGGCUAAUUUACAAAGGAAUGGAGUGGGUACUUGCAACCUUGUGUGGGCAUACCACUCUGAGACUCAUGAGCAACUUUUGGCUUUGAUCCCUGGUUAUGCUAAGGGACAACCGAAAUGGACGACAAUGCGUGAAUUAGGCGUGGGUUGGUGGGUAAGUGGCGACCUGCUCCGUAUAUGUGUAGAACGCCUCGCACGCGCAGCCUACAUGGCCAAGCAAGACCCGAUGGAUGCAGCACUAUACUACUUAGCUAUGAAGAAGCGAAUGCUACUGUGGGGUCUAUUCCGAUCCAAUCGCGACGAAAAGAUGACCGCGUUCUUCGCGAACGACUUUUCCGAAGAUCGCUGGAGAAAGGCAGCUCUAAAGAAUGCGUUUGUUUUAUUGGGUAAACAACGGUUUGAGCACGCAGCCGCUUUCUUCUUAUUAGGAGGUGCACUCAAGGAUGCUUUGGAGGUGCUAAUCACACGAUUGGGAGAUUUGCAACUGGCAAUGGUGGUAGCUCGACUAUACGAAAGUGACAGCACACUUCCACCCAGUUUGAAAAAAUUGCUCAUGGAUGAAAUAUUAGGUGGUGAGACAGAAACCGGUGAGAUUGAAUUGGAGCGCGCCCACCCGGACCCGUUCGUUCGUUCAAUGGCGCUCUGGGAACUAAAGCGCUAUGGAGAAGCACUAGACACACUAUUGAGCCCCGGCGGCCGAUUACACGCGGCACGCGAGACGCAGAAAGACUCAGAGCCUAUGCCCAGCGUGUUUAACUUCUACGUGUAUCUACGAACACAUCCGAGACUCAAGCGACACAAUAUGCCAACGCAGGGUGGCACACUGGCCCUACUACAACAAGAGCCCGAAGAGAGUAUAACCCGUUUAGAAAGACGACUUUACUUCCAAACUGCGCACGGGCACUUCAAAGCAGGCUGUCCCGCUCUAGCUUUGGAGGUCCUGUCCAAACUCCCCGCGCGGGUCCGAGAUGAGAAAGCUAAGCAACCAGUGUCUAUGCCUUCGGUCGACGACGCUGUUAUACAUACGGGACAACUGGGCGGGGACUCGACAGCUAAAAAGGAAGAAGAGGCCCCAGCAGAGAACAACAUGGACUGGGCUUCGACGCCAGCUGAAAUGGACUGGGGCGCGCCCGUUAGCACUAUAAAAUCAGAUGAGCUCGUACUCAGCUGGGAUGACGAGGAAGAUAAAGGAUCCGAGGGAUCCGGAGCAUCGACCCCGCCAUUAGAAAUGAAGAUGGACAAGCAAGAAGCAGCUCCGUUAGUCAACGGCAUCUCCGAAGAACACGAGCACGAGCCAGAGAAGAAUGAGACACCGCCUGUGGACAUCAUGGCGCAGCAACUCAAGUUCGUGGCCUGUCUCAAGAUACUCAUGGAGGAGUUGAGCACCUUGGCCACUGGAUUCGAGGUCGAUGGCGGUCACCUCCGCUACCAACUGUACAUCUGGCUAGAACGCGAAGUGGAGGCUUUGCGGCGUCUCUGUGGUUACGCCAGCGCUAGUGGCGCCCCCACAGGCGGUGAACUGAUAUGCGCCGACCAAGACCCGCCGCCGCUGCCUGAGAAACCCACGCUGCAUCAACUGCUUGUUAGGGAGAAGGCGGACUUUGAGGCUAAGGUGCAACGCGCUGUUAGGAGGAAGAAGUGGCUCAAGGCCAACGAGACACUCCUCCGGACUCUCCUAUCGUACUGUUCCCUCCACGGCGCCGGCGGUGGCGGCCUGGCCUCCGUCCGGAUGGAGCUAGUGUUGCUACUGCAAGAGCUGGGACAAGACAAACAGCACCAGCAACUGCUGUCGCCGCUGCCGUUCCCAACGACUCUGCCGCUGUUGGCUGCGGCUGUGGCGACCAAUAACACGGUUGUUGCUGAUCCUGUGAGGCACUUGCAGUCCGUAGCCCACGAUAUGCUCGGAACGAUAAGCGAGCUUGGCAUCCCGGGUGGUUCCGCCACGAGGAUUCUGCACACGUUGCGAGAAUUAGCCGUAGCACUGUCCGCUUGCAUCUAUCAGAGUCUCUGCGACUCGGAUACGUUUAGCAUGAAGCAUACACAUCAUCAUGAUGGUAUGGUACAUGACCACGCUCCUGCUACGACCCAUUUGAUUGCUCGACCGAGACGUCACUCUGUUGAAGAACUUACUGUUUCGACGACACCUAAUAAAUGGCCUGGUGUGUCCGCACUACGCGGUUUAGCUGUGCGAGCGGCGGAAGAAGAAGACGCGCCUAGACUGGCCGUGUUACUGGCUGAAGCGUUCUGCGCAGUAUAUCUAGCUCUAUUGGGUUGGGCGCUUGCCGCACGCGACGCUCACUUGUUAUACAGACUGGCAGCUCAGAACCCAGAAGCUAAAGCGCAUGCUUCGCUGUUCGGAGGCGGUGUGAGGCGACUGCUUAUGACCGCACCCGCUCCACCACCGCCAAAACUGGAGCGCACUGAGGGCACCUCAGUCUGGUCAUCGUUACGCGAGAAACGCGCGCUCCUCAACAUGCGUAUACUCGGGCUCGGGCCUACAGCGCCCCACAAGAACAUACAAGAAGGCCGACCUACAUAUAGGGAGCAGUUCGUACCGCCGCAUUGCAGUAUACUCACGUAUUUGCUUACUAAGCCAACCACGGACCAAGGCUCGUGCCACGACUACGACUACGACUCGGCGGAGUCGGGCGCCGAAGACGCGGAAGACAGCGGCAGCGAGCCCGAUGACGAUGACAUCUUCGACACCACUGUCAACCCCACAGCAGAGCAGGACUACAACGGCUGGUGGCACGGCCUCCGCAUCGUCGGGUUCUGUCUGUCGUUCCUGAACAGCUGUGUCAACCCCAUCGCCUUGUACUGCACCAGUGGAAUCUUCAGGAAACAUUUUAAUAGGCGAAACAAGCGUUGGCCGCGAGAGCAGCAUCCGCCUCCUCAACAACGGUUCUUCAAAACUCUGAGGGCGGUGUUCGGGCCGCUGCCCUGCCAACAACAAUCAGGAGCGGUCCAAAGAGAACUACAGCAAACGGCUGAUGUUCAAGGCAGAGAGCACAGCACCCUUCCCGAGGUGCUGCGAGAACGAAAACGGGGCUAA